ACACGCGUGCCCGUGAGCGUGUGAUUCUGGGGUGCACGCGCGCGCGUCCCCGUUUGCGAGCGGCGGCUGAGUGGAAGCUGCGCGGAUUGCGGGGCGAGGAGGAGUCUGGCGCCUGGCACGAGGAAGCCGCGCCGCACUGUCAAUUGAGCGGAGGCAGGGUCCCGGGUCGCAGCUUAUCUCGGACUUUCACGGAGGCUGUGCAGGCAUCAAGCCGGAGGCAAAACCCACCCUGACGGUGCAGAUGAACCGAUGCGAGCGCACUAAAAAUUUCGUGCAAAUUAGCGAACUACAGGGAAGUUCCCCUUUCACUGGAAGAUAGAUGUUUGGACCCGGACUGGUAUAUCACGCAAAAUUUAUUGUUAUUAGUUACGAUUAAUUAAAUCGUAUGGAGGGGAGAGACGAUUUGACAAUCGAACCACUAUAAAAAUAAAUUCCCCGAAAUCUGAAUCAUAUAUCAGCGGGGGACAGAGUAACAAGAUUUGCUGGAGUACAAACGAAGUAUUUGGACACGGGACUGCUGCUGAUUAUAUCUGUUAACAGUAGCCUAUUUUUAAAAAGAAUUGCACCUUUUGGAGAUGGACAGUAAACAAGAGCAAUGACACGGGCUGGGAUGAUUAUUGCCCUGGCUCGUUACGUCGUAUCUGUACUAGAACUACAGACGGAGCAGGCGGCCUAUUUGCACCAAGCUUCAGCUGAAUCGCUCUAAUUAAACUCAACAGGAGUCCUCACCUGGGAACCCCUGGCAAGGCAGUCCUGCACCACUGAGGAGCAAGGCUGCAGUUUGACUCCCUCCCAGCUUCCCCAACCACAAGGGGGCCCUAGCUGUUGUCAUGGGCACAGUGCUGUCACUGUCCCCUGGGUCCCGGAAGCCCAGUUACUAUGGUGACAGGCCCGGCUCCCUAAGCCACUACCCCACCUUGAGCUGCCGGCCGCAGAGUGCCCAGAACGACCCGAGCAUAAAGAGGCAGCCUCUACUGCUCCCCGCUCUCACCUGGAAGCGCCUUGUGGCCUCGACCCGCAAAAGGGGCUCGAAGAAGGGUGGCAACACAGGACCCCCGCCAAGUAGUGGUCACAUCCACCAGCGGGACGUAUCGCACCUCAACCGGGAGAACGUCAGGAAGUCGGUGUCCUGUGCCAACUUGCCCAGUUACGAGGGCCCGCCCCCCAGCCACGGGCGUCCGCAGUUAUCGUCGGCGAAGAAGGUGUCACCCCGGCCCAGUUCCUCGCCCAGGCGCGUCGUCGUCCAGGCCUCCACCAGCGAGCUGCUGCGCUGCCUGGGCCGCUUCCUGUGUCGCCGCUGCUACAGGCUGAAGCAGCUGUCGCCGGCCGACCCAGUGCUGUGGCUGCGCAGUGUGGACCGGGCGUUGCUGCUGCAGGGCUGGCAGGACCAGGCCUUCGUCACGCCGGCCAACGUGGUCUUCGUCUACAUGCUGUGCCGCGACGUCAUCGACGGCGACCUGAUGGCCAGCGAGCACGAGCUGCAGGCCACGCUGCUCACCUGCCUCUACCUGUCCUACUCCUACAUGGGCAACGAGAUCUCCUACCCGCUGAAGCCCUUCCUGGUGGAGGUGGGCAAAGAGGCCUUCUGGGGCCGCUGUCUGUGCAUCAUCGACGCCACCAGCGCCAAGAUGCUGCGCAUCAACGCCGACCCGCAUUUCUUCACCCAGGUGUUUGCCGAGCUCAAGAGCGAGGGCGGCUGCUUGCCACUGGACUACGGCCAGGUGCUGGAUCGGCAUCUAAGGUGAGGAAGAUCUGUGUGGCCACUUCACAUGCAGUUUUCUCAGCCCACGGAUCUUGGGUCUUGUCAUCCUCUUGGAUUCCCAGGUUAUCGCUCCUCUCUGUGCCUGAAACCCUUCCUUUCGCCCCUUAAAGGUCACUCUAGCUCCCUGCAGGACUGGUCCCCUUCAGAUGACUCACAGGUCUGAAACACUGCUUUCCUACUAGACAGAUCACCCCCAAGGCUCCACUUCGUAGUCUAGCCUUAAUAUUCACCCAAAGACUCUUCCUGCGCUCCUGAUCUCCUUUUCACAUAGACAUACUCGCAUACACAGUCAAAGGGGAAGGGCUUUUCAUCCACAAAAAGAAGUCUAAUAUAAGCUCAUAUGGACCAAACCUAAUUAAAAGGACUUGGGUCACCUCUAAACUAAGCCGGUAUGUUGCUAGAUAACAUGGCAACAGUUUACCUGAUGGGACUCAAAUACUUGGCAAUAACUCAGUUACUACUGAAGUACAAAUCAUGAACAAAUAUGGUCACUGCUUGGCAUAAAAGAUGCAUCACGAUUCAUUAAUGAUGAACAAACAUCAUGUAACUGACUAAGAGUUUGUGUUUAAUUAAUACAUAAGUAAAAGCAUGCUAUAUUAUUUCUGUCCUGUUAAGUAAAGUGUUACCAAUAACACCAGCUAGUUCCCCGGGAAUUUAGUUUCUUAGACUGAUGUGUUCCCGAUGUUAAAUUGCUGACUGGUGUCUAGACAUAAUUGGUUGCAGAAGCUUCAGGCCGCAUAUCAUCUAGCAGCUUCUGUCCGAUUCAGAGGUGGAAAUUUCAGGUCCAGAAAGUACAAAUCCAGGCCAGGAUUUUGUUUCAGCCAACCAGUGGAGUACUCUGUGACUGUGACUCUUUAUCCUCAACUAGUUGGUUGAAACUAAAUCACGGUCUGGAUUUGUAUUUUCUGGACUGGAAAUUGCCACCUCUCGUCAGAUGUUAGGGCUGCCCAGAGCCAUGUCUUCUCUACAUUUUCUCUAGCGGGGUUACCAGCGUGGGGUAAAGGUUACAUUCACAGAGAGGUUCACUGUCCGAUUGUGGGGGACAGGCUGUUUUUGUUACUCUAUUGCAAAGUGCCUGUGGCAGAAUAAUGGCGGUAAUGAGAUUAACUGGCCCUGCAGGUUCAGCAGCUAAUCGCAGCUGCCUGAUUAAAUACCUCAUCUCCAGGCACGGGGCCGCGUCUCUGAGCAUGUGCGUACAUGGCUGCGUCUCCGGGUUGAGACGUCUCCGGACUGAUGUUCUGUUCUGUACAGAAGCAAGCCAUUGGUAUCUGGAAUCAGGACCCUGGGCUUGUUGUUUAUCCUCCCUGGCUAAGAGCUGCACUCUCAUUGGCUGCUGGCAGGUUGGACACCACUGUGACAGGAGAUCUUGUUCUGCCUUGAGCCAGUGUCAUGUGCUGAUUUUUUGUGGCUCUCAGCUGUUGUGACCUCUAAUGCCCCUGCACUGCCAAAUUAAUUUCCUACCUAAUUCACACAACACAGAAGUUUACAUAGAUACACGCAUACAGAUAUGGAUCAAAGCCUUGGUCCAGCCCUAAUCUUCCCUGAAGAUGUUUUGUCCUCACCAGUGUUCCCCAUUCACCGCUGGUGUUCUCUGUCUGUGUUUACGAGCUCAUCAGGAACAUGCAAGUGUGUUUGGUCCCACUUGCCUUGCCACCUGCUGUCAGAGUGUACAUGCCCCUCAGCUGUCGUCAGGUCACGUGACCCCGUACCAGUCAGGCUCUAUCCAGUCAUGACCCUCGACACCAUCCCGGUCUUAUGGCUGCUUUCUGAAUGUCCCCUGACACUGUGCAGUUAUGCUCUUUUGCGUCUGAUCACCCCCUCUUCCUCUUCCUCCAUUUCUUCUUCCCCCUCCUCCUUCACCACCUCUUCCUUCUCCUCUUUCCCUUCCUCCUUCUCACUCCUUCCCCCUCCUUUACCUCCCCUUCCUUCUCCUCCUGCUCCUCCACCUCCCCUUCCUCCUCCCUCUCCUCUUCCUCCUCCCUUUCCUGCUUCUCCUCCUCCGCUUCCUCCU